CGGCCGAGUGCUGACUGGCUGACUGAAAAUAAUAAAAACUAGACGGACUGAGGGCCACCGUAUUGCUUGAAUCUCAAUCGCAAUGGCUGUUAUCUUGACGCAUGCUAUGGAUUUUGAUGAUAUACUGGCCAAGUGCGGCAAUAGCCAUCGCUAUCAGUAUCUGCUGCUGGGACUCUAUAGUCUAUUGAUGUUCAUUACAUCGAUGCACUAUUUUUCGCAAAAUGUGAUUAGUUUUGUUCCCGAUCACUGGUGCUAUCACGAGCAGCUGGAGAAUCGCAGCUUUGAACAGGUCGCGGCCAUCUACAAUCAGUUCGAGAGACCUUCAUGCACCCGACUGGAAAGUAUUGAUUCAGAGGGACUCAAUGCGACUGUGAGUGAGGAGCGUUGUGAUCGCUGGAUUUAUAACUAUGAUUUUGGUUUUAGGAGCAUGAACACCGACCUUGAUUGGGUCUGCGAUGCGGCUUACAAGCCACGUGUGGGGCAAUCAUUUUUCUUCGUGGGAUCCCUGUUUGGAACGCUUAUAUUUGGCCUGCUCGGAGAUAAAAUUGGCCGGAUUAAGGCACUCAUUUUGGCCAAUUGGUGUGGCUUUUUGGGUGACUUCACGACCAUCUUUGCUGGCAGUUUGACAACUUUUUCGAUAACUCGUUUCGUUUCUGGCCUUGCCGUGGAUACCAACACAUAUCUCAUGUAUAUUCUGGUUCUCGAAUAUACUACUCCGGCAAUUCGCAACUGGGGCUUGAGUGUCAGCAUGGGUGUCUUCUAUUGUCUGGGCAUGAUUUGUUCAUCUGGAUUGGCGAUACUAGUGGGCAGUUGGCGUCUGUUCCUCAUGUGCUCGUCGCUGUCACUGCUGCUGGUCACACUCUUCUAUUUCCUGACGCAGGAGAGCGCCCAGUGGCUGGUCACACGCAACGACAUCGAUGGCGCUGUCCUGCGAUUACAGAGAGUUGCCAAAGUGAAUCGUCGCCACCUUAAUGAUGAGGAUAUCAAUGCGUUUCGCAGCUACUGUCAGAUUAACUGCCACAACAAAGCGCAGCAAGGCAAUGACAAUCAGGACAAGCUGAUGGACAUGUUCAAGACGCCGCAUCUCCGCAAAGUAUUAAUUCAAAUGCUGAUCGUAUUCACCAUUGUUUGCAUUUGCUUCAAUACGAUGGCACGCAGUGUUGAGGGACUGGGCAUAUCACCGUUAAUAAUGUUCGCCCUGACCGCCUUGACGCUGUUUCCCUCUGGCUUACUGCAGGCGGAUCUGCAGAAGCGGAUUGGUCGCAAGGGUUCCGCGGUGCUAUCGAUGCUACUCACCGGAGUCCUUACAGCAGCCAGUGGCAUAGCCUUGUCGCUGUGGCAACAACCCGGCGUCGUGCUUUUGGUCUGCCUGACGAUGGCCUCGCGUUUGGGCAUGUCAGUCUGCCUUGGCUCCACAUUGCUGUUCUCCACAGAGCUGGUGCCCACUUGUGUGCGAUCCCGUGGCCUCGCUGUGGCUCACAUGGCCGGAGCAGCUGCCUCUCUGCUGACGCCCUACAUUCAGCACGUGGGCAUCUACUACAAGGCACUGCCUUCGAUUAUCAUGUGCCUGCUGUUCUUCAUUUGCGCCUACAUUAGUCUCCGACUGCCGGAGACGGGCAACAGGAAACUGCCGAUUACUUUGGCAGAGGGGGAGCUGUUUGGGCGGGGGGAACGCAUGUUUGACUUUAUAAGGAAUAGGACGAGGCCACAGACUACGGCUGAUGUCGAUGACAAACUGGAAGCUGAAACAGAACAGAAAUUCAUCUCUUAAUCAAUUUUUAAGUUCAAUUUAGAAGUAUUUAAGUUUUAUCAAUUGUUCAAUUAAACUGCGGCAUCUCAUUAAAGUAUGUGAAAUCAAGUGUAAACACUUAUGCAAUGCUGGACUACAACAUACCCUGCAAAAGUGCCGGAGUGUGUGACACCAAAAUGAAGGCUUGCAAAAGUAUUUAAAAGAAAAGAAAAAAAAAUGAGAACAUAAAUAUAAUAAACUAUUUUAUAAUA